CUCUUCCAAAUGGCCCACCACUAAGUGGAAAUAAAGAAUUCUAGGAUUCCCACUUUCAUCAUUUGAUCAUGAGCUUGAAGCAAACUAUGAAAUCUAAGGCCAUUUUUGUUCUUUUUAGUAUGACCUAAACAAGAGACAUGGAUGAUCAAAUAUCCUACUAUAAUGGCCUUCAUUCAAUGCAAUAACAGGAGUUAAAGGCACCACUUUCCUUAUCUGACCUCCUCCUUGGGAGUUGGGACAAAAAACUGUGGCUUCUUCCUAGAAAAAGCGAAAGAAAAAAAAAAUUGUAAAAGCUGAGUCUAGUGUUUUCUCUUUCACAUUUAAUGGUUUCUGCAGUGCAGGUUGAGGUGUCUUUUUUUUGGUGGGGUUCAUUCAACUCUAGAGCUUCUUUUCACCACUUGGCAACCUCACAAUCUUGCGUGAAUCACUAAAACCAUUGCGGUUCAUAAGAAAUGAGUUACUUGGGUGUUGGUGUGAGUCCAGGGAAUGUGCCAGUGUACCAUGGCACUUUUCUGAAGGUUGUUGACAGAAGAAUCAGGGUUGUAGAGCUGAUUUUGAGAUGUGUGAUUUGUGGUUUAGGUGUUCUUGCUGCUGUUCUUGUGGGAACUGAUUCUCAGGUCAAAGAGAUCUUCACAAUCCGAAAGACAGCCAGAUUUACCGACAUGAAAGCUCUUGUGUUUUUAGUGAUAGCCAAUGGAAUAGCUGCAACUUACUCUUUGUUACAAGGUGUGCGCUGUGUUGUUGGUAUGUUUAAAGGAAGCUUGCUGUUCAACAAGCCUCUAGCUUGGGCAAUUUUUUCUGGAGAUCAGGUGAUGGCAUACUUGACAGUGGCGGCGGUGGCAGCAGCGGCACAAUCAGCAGCAUUUGCAAAGAUGGGACAGCCAGAGCUGCAGUGGAUGAAACUAUGUGAUAUGUAUGGGAAAUUCUGCAACCAAGUUGGAGAAGGAAUAGCUUCAGCACUUCUGGUGAGCCUCAGCAUGGUGGUUUUGUCUUGCAUUUCUGCAUUCAGUCUCUUCCGUUUGUAUGGAGGGAUCAAGUCUAAAAAUGGUGGCAGGUGGUAGGCCAAUCAAUUAAGCAAAACUGUUGCGCCAUUUUUAAUUCAAUCAGUCAGUCAAAACUCUAUCACCUUGCUUGAAAGGUUGAUGUAAUUUAGUUGUUUGUGUUAAAUGAUGGAAGUUUGCAGUUGACAAUAAAAGAAGCUGAGUUUUGUAGAUUA